AUGUACAUGUCCCGCAGCUGCUACAUCACCCGCACCCUCUCAGCCAAUCUUCUCCAUUGCUCAUGUCAUGAGUACAAGGAUUUUGAGACCUUUGAGAGGCUCUUCAGGGCGGUGUACAUGCCCCAAAAUGCCUACUGUAUCCAUGUGGAUGCCAAGGCACCGGCCCCCUUUCAGCAGGCGGUGCGGCAUCUGCUAGGCUGCUUCCUCAACACCUUCCUUGCCUCCCAGGCAGAGCGGGUGGUCUAUGGUGGUGCCUCCUGUCUGCGGGCUGAGCUCCACUGCAUGAGAGACCUGCUGGCCUUGGCCGUGCCCUGGUGUUACCUGCUCAACACCUGUGGCCAGGACUUCCCCUUGAAGACCAACCAGGAGAUUGUCCAGCUGCUGAAGGGCCUCACGGGGAAGAACAUCACCUUCGGGGUGCUGCCACCCCGCCAAGUCACCACCUGCACCAAAUAUGUGCACAGGAAGGGGGUCGGGCACAGCACCUCCGGGCUGGUCACCCCCGAGCUAUGCAAGGUGUCCCCACCCCACAAUAUCACCCUCUACUUCUGUUCCACACACGUGGCCAUCACCUGGCCCUUCAUGGAGCUUGUGCCCAUUGAUCUGCUGGCGUGGUCUGAGGACACCUACAGCCUCAAUGCGCAUUUUUGGGUGACACUCAACAGGAUCCCAG